AUGGCUCACAAAUUCUAUUUUGAGGCACUUGAUCACAGCCUUAGAGAUAUCAUCAAACACAACUCAACGGAUAAUAAAAUCUUUGGAGGUAAAGUCAUGGUCUUUGGUGGAGAUUUUCGGCAGAUCCUGCCAGUCAUUCCAAGAGGCAGCCACUCUGAUAUUGCUAAUGCAAAAAUUAAUUCCUCUUAUCUAUGGGAUCAUUGUCAGGUCUUGAGGCUGACAAAAAACAUGCGUUUACAAAACAACAUGCAAGCAACAGAUCAAGAAGAAAUUGCGUCUUUUGCACAAUGGAUUAUAGAUAUUGGUGAUGGUAUUAUUGGACAUGACAAUGAUGGCUAUGCUACUAUUGAAAUUCCACAGGAACUAUUAAUCAUAGAAUAUAAUGAUCCCAUUCAUAGUAUAGUCAGUUCUACAUUCCCAGAUUUAUGUCAUCAUCACAAUGAUCCUGAAUACUUCCAAUCUAAAGCAAUAUUAGCUUCUAUAAAUGAAACAAUACAACAAGUUAAUGAUUAUAUACUUACAUUGAUACCAGGCGUUUUCAUGUCUAAAAUAAUCAUAGGUGAACAAAUGGAAUAUCCGAGCUCUGAUUCAGUUGACAAAUCUGAAACCAUUGAAAGUUGUCAUUUUCGUUCACUCAUAACUGAAUUUCUUAAUUCGUUGAUAACAUCUGGCUUACCUAAUCAUUGUCUCACACUCAAAAUUGGAACACCUAUAAUGUUGUUAAGGAACUUAGACCAAACUCAAGGGUUGUGUAACAAUACUAGGUUAAUUGUGACAAGGCUAGCACAACAUGUUAUUGCAGCUGACAUAAUUUCUGUGACAAAUGUCGGAGGUCAUGUUUAUAUCCCAGGAAUGUCUAUGUCGCCUUCUCAGUCACCAUGUUUAUAUCCUUCUCAAGCAAUUUCUCUUGAUUCCUCUUCUUCAGUGUAA